UUUCACGUCGACGCUCGUCUUCCCUCACGAGGCUCUCAAACAAACCUCACGCGCCAGAAUCCCUCUCAUUAUCAGCGGCAGCACCGCCCCGUCGACUCGCCCUCCCGAGCAGCGGAGCACCGCUGUGGCGGAGUCCUUGACGGGGACGAGCACCCGGGUGAACACGACGAAACGCCGCUGUUUACAUGAAGGCAGGCAGAUUCUCGCCGGAAGGCUGCGACCAGGCUGGCUGCAGCUGAGCUGUUCAUGCUGUGUUGACAGAGAGGAAGACCGAUCCAGCUGAAGAAGGAGAAGGAAGGGAGAAGACUGCUGACUCCAUGUCUUCGCCAAAUAAAAGAUCUGGCUCUGGAUCACGCAAAUUCAACCUGCUGAAGGCCCUACAGCCUAAGCACCGCUUGCAACAAAUGCUGUCGUCUCCCACUGCAUCCCCUGUUUUUGACUAUUGCAGGUUUAUAGAGCUAGACUACACACCCAUGGAGUCAGGCAUUAUGGUCUCUAUGAGACAGAGCAGAGGAUUUCUGACACCAAAGUCCCCGGAACACCACUGUCGACGGAGUCCAGCACCUGUCAGUAACCGUGAUCCCUAUGGAAAUGCCUCUCUCAGCAGCAGUAGCAAUUCAGGGUCAUGCAAGGGCAGUGAUGGAAGCCCAACCCAUAGGCGUCACAUAAAAUACACCUCCUGCAAUGAUAACCAUGGUAUCCGACCCCCUCCACCUGAGCAAUACCUUACCCCGCUGCAACAGAAAGAGGUGUGUAUCCGACACCUCAGAGCACGGCUCAAAGAAACCAUCGAAAGACUACAGGACAGGGAUACUGAGAUUGAUGAGUUGCGUACUCAGCUGUCUCGUAUGCAAGAGGAUUGGAUAGAAGAGGAGUGCCACCGUGUGGAGGCCCAGUUGGCUCUGAAGGAGGCUCGCAGGGAGAUCCAGCAGCUUAAGCAGGUGGUCGAUGUCGUCAGAUCUAGUCUGGGAGACACCGACACUGGAGUGCAAAAGUGCUUCCAAGACAUAAACCUCCAGAACCACAAGCUGGAGUCUUUAUUGCAAAGCAUGGAGCUGGCUCAGGUCGGGACCCCCAAAACAGGCGAAACCCUGGCAGGUGGAGGGGUGGUGGGGGCAGAGCUGGAGGUCAGCGAGGGCCUGGUGGAGUCUUCUGAAGGCUCCCCAGCUCGCUCGCUUACCCGCAGCUCUACCUACACCAAGCUAAGUGACCAGACUGGCCAGGAACGUGGCAGUAAUGAAAAUGGGUGUGACAUUCCAUGUUUGUCAGGUGAGGGCACGCAGGACAGCGGGUUUGUUUGCUGUGGAGAAAGUGGAAGAGGAGCAAGCAAAGCAGACCUGCUCCUGGAGGCUGCGUUUUUGUCUCAAGAGACGGCCUCGCUGCUUAACGCGCACUCCCGCCUGCCACACUCCUCCACCUAUGAAGCACUGAGCAUCAGCGAGCCGAGAGUUGUGCCACUCCGCUGCAGUGGGAUCGGGACAGGGACAACUGUCAGUGUAAGUCAUCCAUGUCUGUCGCAUCAUCACCUAUAUCUACAUCACCUGCGUGAGCAAGGCAUUCAAACCGACUACGACCAUGCCCCUGCUUCGGCACCUGCUCAUGGUCCCAGUACGUCCUUUAACUCCGAUCUGGACACUAUUGCUGAGCGUACCUUCCGCUCCCAGGCAUGCAGUCCGACCUCUACCUGGAUGUCCGAUGAGGGAGAUGAUCUGGAGUCGGUAGCCACAGAGUCAGCCAUUACGGCAACAGUUGCCACAGUUUCUGUCGUAACAGACUUUUCCACUAAGUCUGCACCAGCUAUUGCAAUGGAGCCUUGGGCAUCAAAAGGACCUGCGACUUUAGUGUUGGAGUCUUCUGUCAAGGAGACAACUGUUUCCGAGAUCCUUACAGUCUUACCAAUCACCACAACAGCUUUGACCACAGACACCAUGGGGUCCCAAGUACAAUCUCAACCUGUGACAGACCCUUUGCCAAACCCUGGCACCUCACCUUGCUCCAUAGAGCCAUUGUUUGGCAUUGAAGGAGAGCCCCUUCCACAGACCACUCAGCCUCUUAGUGUACUAACAGAGGCUGGGGUUGAAGGGGAUCAUGUCAUUAAUAUAGGCACAGACGAUGAAGAUGAGGUUGAUGAGAGUGCGACGAACACAGAGUCCAAGUCAUCUGGCUGUGGUUUACCAGCAAAGAACUACUGGAGCCGGCACUUCCUAGUGGAUUUGCUUGCGGUGGUCGUGCCAGUGGUCCCCACAGUAGCUUGGCUCUCGGGUCCACACCGUGUUGGUCAGCCAAUGUACCAUAUUGGUUCUCUCUGCGGGUUGUUGCACGGUGGCCUCCAUUCCCUGGGCGCCGAGGAGGAGGUAUUCGCACUACCCGCAGGAGGAGGUGGUCCGGGGGAAUGA